AUGUCAACGCCACUGCCCGAUCCCUCCAGUCUCCCUGCUCCAACUCCUCCCGCACCCGGCUCCAGCGCCAACGAAGCAGGACCUAGUGGACCAACGUACCACCCCUCCUUCUCAAGCAACUCAGAUGACCACGCUCAGGUCGUGCCUUCCAUCCAUGCCGAUGGCGCUGGCAGAGGACACAGAAGCAGGGUAGGUGCUCGACAAGAAGACGAUCUCGAUGAAGAUGCAGAAGAGGACGACGACGCCAUCUUCGAACAGCUCGAGCAAGAGGCUGACUCAUUGAGCGGAGAAUGGAAGGAGAAGCGGUUGCGACAGAUGAGAGAAGAGUGAGUUCAAUGAUACGACUUGACAAUGCGUCAACGUCUCCCAUAGGAACGUCUGUGGUGCCGGCGUCACAUUGCAGCAGCCCGCGAUUGUAGUCGGUCGCUGCUGUAUCACCACACUCCCUCCGGCUGGCUCGCAUCUCGUCCUCGUCGACGCAUCAUUCACCUGCCAAUCCUCAUCAAGCUCUUUCUUCCAUCCACAGAGCAGCUGAGAAGGCCCUAUUCGCUCAGUCAACCGAUGCGCACGGCAAGUUCACCGAGCCUAGCUCAGAGAAAGACCUCAUGCGCCAACUGGCCGAAAACGACGGCGUCGUCGUUCACUUCUACAAGGCCGACUUCAAACGCUGCGGUAUUGUCGAUAGGCACCUUGACGUGAGUUGCCAUCAGCCUUCGCAGCUUUCCUCGCGCUUCCAUCCGCCGCUGGCGCUGGCUGACAUUGCAGCACGCGGCACUUUUCGGCACCACAGUUCCUCGCGCCUCUGCAUCCACGCACCCUCUUCCUCAAAAUCAGCGUCUUCAACUCGCCUUUUCUGGUACACAAGCUCAGCAUUCAGACGCUUCCAUGCAUCGUUCUGUUUGGCUCAGGCGGCAAAGUCCUCGACCAGAUCGUGGGCUUCGAAGACCUCGGCAAUAAAGACGAAUUCGGUACUGGCGUCUUGGAAUGGAGACUCGGGCGAGCUGGUAAGUCGCGCUGCACGCUGGGCGUCGAAGCUAAGCGCGCGCGUUUGCGGCAUCUCUUGGUACGGAGUCACGUGAUUUGUCUUUGUCGCCUAACUGACCUUCGCAACCUUCGCGUGAUAGGUAUUUUGACGCCGAGAGCUAAGCAACAAGCAAGUCAGCCUGUCCUGGGCUUCGGCUCAACAAAUCGCAGCCGGGCUAACGACGAUGAUUGGGAUUAG